UUUUUUUUUUCCUUAUCUCUAUUCAUCCCAUCCUUCUCAUUCUUUUUCAAUCCACUCCUCCUUUUCCUCGCCGCGUAUAUACCUCCUUUUACACUUACGUUGCAUUAUACUUUUAUUUAUUUUUCCUCCUCGCUUUUGCUUUCUCUUCUACUCAACCCAGGAUUCAAUACAUCUAUCCCCCGCCCUUUGCUUCUCCGUUGUUUACAAUAACCUUUCUUCGAUACAGAAAUGUCUGUUUCGACAUCCUCUUCUGUCUCUGAUAUGACCCUCGCUUCCCUGGCAGUCUCAUCCUCCUCUCUGGACGAUUCUGACCCAGGAUAUCACUCUGCAUCAUCUGACUCCAUAAUCAAAAAGACUCAGGGAUCCGCCAUUAAAUCCUCGGACUCUGUUGAUGUCAAUGCAGCUGAGUCUAUAAUAUCUCCUCCUGUCAGCCCUGUUGCUAAUGCUACGGACAAUGCUAGUCAGGAUGAGGACAAAUCAGAUAUAACCCAGCAUUCAGGCACACACAUGCAAAAUUCUUUAUCGAUAUCAUCGUCUGAUGCACAACCCCAACAACUGGACCAUUCCCAUCAUAUUCAACAACAGCAGUCCCUUUAUCACACACAAACACAUUCUUCAGAUAUUGUAGAACACGAGUCACACCAUGGAUCUGAUUCUGAUCCAAUGUUGUAUCAGCAACAACAGGAGCAUGAGCAGGACCAAGAAGACGGAUCAGUUCCUACAUUAGAACAGAUGGGUCUAGGUAACCUCAGUGAGAUGGACUUACGUUUGCUUCUCCAGAAUGCUUAUGAAGUGAUCCAAGAAAAAGAACGCAACCUCAGUAUGGCUGCAAUGGUUGGACAGGACCUUGUUGAAACCAACACCAACCUGCAAGCAAAAUACCAACAUGCCCUGACCCAACUCAGGCAUCAACGCAUGCAUCGUCCUCGACAGCUGACGCCUCCCCGCAAAAUCAUACUCUCGUCUGCACCAGACGCUGUCGGCAAUAUCGCAGUCAACAGAGCCGAAGACGGUGCGCAUAGUGAUAAUGAAAACUGGGUUGACUUUGAUCAACAACCUUCAUCAUCGUCGGGACUAGCGGCAUCUGGAUCAUCCCUGCAUCCUUCUGGAAUUAACACCUCUAGCACAAGUCCACACCAUAAGACUUCUUUCCGUAGAAACUCCAACCAUCAUUCUGGAAUGAUGAGGUCACGAUCACAUAAAGAUAUCGAAAAAUUGGCGUCAUUGGAAGAACUGAACGCAGAAUUGCAAGCCAAGAUUGACGCCAUCACCAAAGAGCUGAAACAAGGACGACGACAGGCAUUCAAGCGUCAUCGCAGAGCAGAGCAGGAACUCAAGACUGUCAAGAAUGAGCUGGAGCGGACAACAGUCAAAGUUGUAGAUCUUGAAGAGCAGAACACAAGGCUGAUCGAGGCGAGUCGUAUGAUCAGACUGCGACGUAUCCAACUUCAGAAGCAGCUUCCAGCACCAGGAUCCAUUCCUGGCUCAACAAUGGCUAAUCUGGCGUUGGAGAUGCAGGGCGACGAAAUCGAUGAAAUGACCAUUCAGGAGAUGCUUGCGGAGGACAACAGGAUUUUUGAAGAGCUGAAGGAUCGAUUACAAUCACUUGAGCGCAAGAAUACUGCGUUGGUACAUCAAAAGGUAGAAGCAGACAAGAGGUCGCAACAACUUGCACAAGAGCUCGCAGAUAUGCAAAAAGACCAUGAAGAUUUGAUGGCGAACCUGUGUGGAUUGUCGGAGCUUCAAACAGCUUAUGGUGAACAAUCAGCGCACGUUAGAGAACUAGAGAACACUAUACAAGAGUUGCAAAACCAAAUUAGCACAAUGUCCUCAAGACUCUCACAAAUGAAUUCACCCUUGAUGUCACCCUCAGUCCCAUCGUCGCCCAUACAGAGUCUGUGGCACAGGGAUGAUGCAGAUUUCAAAGCACUCAAAACUAUUUUGCACGGAUCUAUUAGUCCACAGCCAAUGGUGCUCAAAUCUCCAGGACUACGAGGUCAACGUCGUCCUCGUAAAACACUUUUGGCAGAAUUGGAGAGCGAAUGGUUUAGAGAUGUUUCCUUCUUUGGACCACCCCGUGUACCGGAUCAUCUUGCUCAAAAAUCGCCUCAGCAGCAACCUAUCCAUAUAGGAGGUAUACACGCACCUAAAUCCCCCAAGGCUCUCAAGAACCAUCGGCAUGAGUCCGACUCUGAGAUGUUCUCAGAUGACGCUGGUGGACGAGUCAAGGGCUGGCGUGAACGAAUCCAGGACAUGGGCGAGGAGUCUGCGUGUGAAUCGUCUAGCUGCAUCCGCAAGCGACACCAUCGCUUCAAGUAUACAGGAAGCGAUACGGAGGGUACGCAUGGUGAACUUGAUAUCGGACAUGAUGGCGAUGAUAGUGAUGUGGAUCUAUACCAUCUCCAUCAGCGGCAACCCCGCCCUAAGCGACUCAAUUCAGGCCAUGCACUUUCUGAAGAUGAUGAUGACCUUUCCGACUGCUCGGAUCCUCAUCACCUGAACUAUCAUCGUCCAUCGACACCAGGAUGCUGUUGUUAUAUGUAUGAUGACUAUAGUGGAUACACAAGCUACGAUGAAGAUGGGGAAGAGUCUGUGGUGGGAUGGGCACACUUUGAGGAUUAUGAUGCAUCCACUUAUGGAUACGACAUUAAGCGUGAUGGGUACUAUGUGGGCCGACGAUCGCGUCGUGGCAUCUUUGGCAUCUUUGGCUUGGUUCAUAGCGUGAUCCUUUUCUUCCGUUUGAUGUGGCGCUGGUGCCGCUUCCUCUGCAUCCUUUCAACGGCCUUGGGUAUCGCCAUCUAUCGCGGACCUGAUGCAUUAUUAACAGAUGGACGCUAGGUUUCAAAUCUAAAAACUUACUGUUAUUACUAUUAUUAUAUUGUUAUAUACCAUCCCAUUCCGUAUCCCCGCAUCCCUCUUUUUGUUUUACAUGUCUGUAUCCUUUUUACUUCAUUAGCUACUUCCUCUUUUUAUUUUAUUUUAUAUUUUUAUUUUUGUUCUCAAUCCCCUACUUUUCUAUUCCAACCAUUUCAACCUAAAAGAAAAAGAAAAAGAAAAAAAAAAAAACUCCAAUUCUCUUUUAAUGACACCUAGUAAUGCCACUUUUUGUAAUGACUUUACCUACUUACUACAUCCAAGACUGUUUAUCAGGAAUAAAC